CCUGGCGCUGGGCAGCGUUCAUUCAAGCGUGAGGUCGUUUCUGAGCCGCUGCGAAGCCACACCACUCCACUCCACCUUUAUAUUUCCCAGCAAUUAUUGCACCGGACAAUGCUGCGAGUAAGAUGUCUGAGAGGAGGUAGCAGGGGCGCCGAGGCUGCCCAUCUGAUCGCAGCUCUGCUCGGACGGUCGGCGAACGGGUGGGUGCAGCGGGCGUUCCAGAGCACCUCCAUCGCCGCUGCCGCCCAGCCCCGAGCCGAAGGCCCGGUGGACCCUGUUUCUGAGGCCGUGCCGGAAGAGUGCCCCGUCUGCGCCUACAACGAAUGGGACCCGUUAGAGGAGGUGAUCGUGGGGCGUGCGGAAAAUGCCCAAGUGCCUCCCUUCAGCGUGGAAGUCAAGGCUAACACGUAUGAGAAGCACUGGCCCUUCUACGAAAAGUUUGGGGGCCAAUCUUUUCCCAAGGACCACUUGAAGAAAGCUGUUGCUGAGAUCGAGGAGAUGUGCAAUAUCCUGCGGCACGAGGGCGUGACGGUGCGCAGGCCGGAGCCCUUGGACUGGUCAAUGCAGUACACCACUCCGGACUUCACCUCCCCAGGUAUGUACGCCGCUAUGCCCAGGGACAUCCUCAUGGUGGUGGGCAACGAGAUCAUCGAGGCCCCCAUGGCCUGGAGGGCCCGCUUCUUCGAGUACCGUGCCUACCGGCCGCUCAUCAAAGAGUACUUCAAGAAGGGGGCCAAGUGGACCACCGCCCCCAAGCCCACUAUGUCCGACGAGCUCUACGACCAGGACUACCCCAUCCGCACGGUGGAGGACCGACACAAGCUGGCGGCCCAGGGCAAGUUCGUGACCACUGAGCACGAGCCCUGCUUCGACGCCGCCGACUUCAUCCGGGCCGGCAGGGAUCUGUUUGUUCAGAGGAGCCAGGUUACAAACUACAUGGGGAUCGAAUGGAUGCGCCGCCACCUCGCUCCGGAUUACAAGAUCCACAUCAUCUCCUUCAAGGACCCCAACCCCAUGCACAUCGACGCCACCUUCAACAUCAUCGGACCGGGACUGGUGCUGUCCAACCCCGACCGGCCCUGUCGUCAGAUUGAGAUGUUCAAGAAGGCUGGCUGGACUGUGGUCAAACCCCCGGUGCCGCUGAUUCCAGAUGACCACCCACUGUGGAUGUCCUCCAAGUGGCUGUCCAUGAACGUUCUCAUGCUGGACGAGAAGCGGGUCAUGGUCGAUGCCAACGAACACACCAUCCAUAAGAUGUUUGAGAAUCUUGGCAUCCAGACGGUGAAGGUGAACAUCCGCCACGCCAACUCCCUUGGCGGCGGGUUCCACUGCUGGACCACCGACGUGCGUCGCCGCGGGACCCUGCAGUCCUACUUCCACUAGCCGGCCAGAAAGAGGCAGUUUCUAUUGAGCUUUGAAGCUGAAGUCGCUCCCCGCGUCUGUUACACAGUGUAACAUGAGACAUGACGUUAAUAUAAGGG